CCCCCCUAAUUGAAAACAGCAACAAAUGAACCACCGAAACUGAAAGCGCAACUCGCGAGUCCCGAGAAGGAGGAAAAGAGAAGAGACGCAUUCGAACCAUGGACCGGCUCAUAGGCUUGGAGCCGUCGAACGUCGUGGCGGUCCGGAUCGAGCCGGGCCAAAAGAGUUGUGGCCAGCUCGUCCUCCGCAACGUGAUGUACACCAUGCCGGUCGCGUUCCGGCUCCAAGCCAUCAACAAGCCGCGCUACACCGUCAAGCCGCAAUCCGGCAUCAUCUCCCCUCUCCAGACGCUCACGGUCGAGGUCACCUACCACCUCCGGCCCGGUUCGACCCUCCCCGACUCGUUCCCUCGCUGCGAGGACUCGUUCCAGCUCCACAGCGUCGUCGUCCCCGGCGCCGCCGUGAAGGACUCGAGCUCCACCCUCGACUCGGUCCCCAGCGACUGGUUCACCACCAAGAAGAAGCAAGUUUUCAUUGAUAGUGGAGUGAAGGUGAUGUUCGUGGGGUCGCCGGUUCUAGCCCGGCUCGUCAAGGAGGGUUCGAUGGACGAGGUGAGGGAGGUGCUCGAGCGGAGUGACCCGUCGUGGGGGGCGGCCAACGCGGCCGACGAGCAGGGCCAGACGCUGCUCCACCUCGCCAUCGCCCAAGCGAGGCCCGACCUCGUGCAGCUGCUGCUCGAGUUCGGGGCGAACGUCGAGGCCCGGGGAGGCUCCGGAUCGACGCCGCUCGAGGCGGCGGCGUCGGUCGGGGAUGCGCUGAUCGCGGAGCUGCUGCUGGCACGGCGGGCGGGGACUGAGCGGUCGGAGGGCUCCGCGUACGGGGCGAUCCACCUCGCCGCCGGGGGCGGCCACAUGGACGUCCUGCGGCUGCUGCUGUUGAAGGGGGCCGACCCGGAUUCCCCGGCGAGGGACGGCAGCACGGCGCUCCACCUCGCCGUGGAGGAGCGGCGGAGGGACUGCGCGAGGCUGCUGCUAGCGAAUGGCGCGAGGACCGACGUCCGGAGCUCCGGCGACGGCGAAACACCGCUGUACGCGGCGGCCCGCCUCGGCGACGAGCACAUGGUGAAGCUCCUCCUGCAGAAGGGGGCGAACAAGGACGUCCGGAGCCGGUACGGCAAGACGGCCUACGACGUGGCGGCGGAGCACGGCCACACGCGGCUCUUCGACGUGCUCAAGCUCGGCGACAGGCUCUGCACCGCGGCCCGGAAAGGCGACGUGCGGGCGAUCAACCGGCUACUGGAGAGCGGAGCAGCCGUGAAUGGGCGCGACCAGCACGGGUGGACCGCGCUGCACCGGGCCGCGUUCAAAGGCCGAGCCGACGCCGUGAGGACGCUCCUAGACAAGGGCGUGGACGCCAACGCCAGGGACGAGGACGGCUACACGGCGCUGCACUGCGCGGCGGAGUCGGGGCAGUUCGACGUGGUGGAGCUGCUGGUGAAGAAGGGAGCGGACGUGGAGGCGAGGACGAACAAGGGCGUGACGGCGCUGCAGAUGGCGGAGUCGCAGCAGUACGCCGGGAUCACAAGGAUACUCGUACAGGGCGGCGCGUUUAAGGACGGGGCCGGGCAGGUGGCGGGGUCCGGUCGGUUCGCAAAAAAGCUGGAGCUCGGGGAUGAGGAGAUGAACGGAGGAUUGAAGAUGAAGUCGAUGAAGAAGAAGAAGAACCAGGUGAGAGAGAGACCGAUUCGGAGCAGCUUCGAUAGGUCGUCCAUGGCUAUGGCCGUGUUGGGCGUCUGAAUCGGCCGGAGCUGAUUCUUUUUCGCGAGAGGUAGAGAAAGAGAGUAUGGCAUCGAUCGACUGUGAAAUCAUUUCCUCUUUUUCUCGGUUAGAAGAUAACGAUGCGACGAAAGGAUCGGCACGAUAUGUACAAAAUUGAUGAAUGUCCAUCAUCCUCGUUAUGCAUAGAGACCCAAUCAAAGCUUCACUUUGUAUUUUCCCGCUCCCCAUGUACAUUGUCCGAUGAUUUCUCGGAAAAUUUCAUGAUUUUCCAAGAAAACGAUUCAUGU